AAACUUUAUUUUAAAGACUCCUACUUUUGGUACAAUAAAGUUUUGAUUCGUUUGCGGUUUUGAUUUCAAAUCAUAUUCAUCCUUUUCCGUGAAUGCGGGCACAUAUCACUUACAAAACUUUUCAAAAAUGCAAAAUCGACUUCUUUCACUCGUGCUAAUAUAUUGUCACACAGGGUUUUGCAUAAAUAACGAUGUUUUCAAACUUGUUUUGUAACUAUUUCUGUCUGUAUGUUUUCCUUUUUUUUCAUUAUUUUUUGGAAUGUUGUUCAAUCUAUUUUAGUACUUUCCACACUGGUUGUAGAAUGUAAACGGCGUUCAUCUUGACCAUUUUAUUUUUCAUUUUGACGCUGCAUUCUGCUAUUUCGUUAAUGUUUUCAAAGCACCUGGUCUUUACGGAGAUCAUUUGAAGGACUGCAAGAGUUCUCUGCGCAGAAAACAAAUCGUUACAACUACAAUGUUAUCGUUGACCAGAGUUUAACCACAGACCAUACCUCGUAAAUGACAGCGGGAUCGUGUACACCUAUAUGAAAUAAAACACCACAUUUGUUCAACUGAGAUUCGAUGCUGACUGGCGCUGGGCAAUGCAAAUAAAUACAUUAAAUGCACGCCUUCAUCACCGCCUCAAUCAUUAGUGCCAUCUCCGUAGCACGAGUGAUGAAUGUCUGUAGUUAUUGUUGAAUCAGCAUCGAUUCAUUCGGUCUUCUUCCAAAGCCUGACCGGCGCUUUCGUUACAUCACCCAUGUUACCUUUUUAUGGUAGCUAAAGUGAGUUUUAGACUUCGAUUAAGAGGAAGCUGUUUAUGCGAGUCAGCUGAGUGCAGAGGAUCUCACUCGACACAUGCAGACCGAGUGAAAAGACAAACGACUGAAAUGGUACGAGAUGAAUCUGAGGAGAAACAGACGAAAAGUGCCCCAUCAAAUAGACCUUUUGAUAUUGUUAACUUAUUCGCGCCCGAUAAGCCUUCGAAAAAGGAGACAAGUCCUACACAGUGGAGACCCUCGGUUCCAAUCAGACCAAAUAUGGGACUAAUGGAACCGAAUGUACUUUCUGCAAAUGGUGGCAGACCUUAUCUUGCUCGCUUUUCAAGCCCAUUUACACCCGAUGCGUUUAAUCCAUUCCUCGGUUUGUCUCCUUUUGUACGUUUCCCGCCUCAGCCAUUCUUGGGUGACCGUAGAUUACCUUUUCCUUAUUGGCAAUCGACAUUCCUUGCAACUCCUUUCACAAAUCCGUUCGUGCGUGUCGGAAAUGGAACAGAAAACGCAUUUAAACAAACUUUGCGCGGAACUGCCCCGUCGAAUGUAAGCGAGAAGAAGAAACCGGAACAGACCUACAACGGACAAACGUUCGAUUGCCUCAACUGUAAGAAGGUUUUCAGCACGCCGCACGGUUUGGAAGUACACGUGCGGCGUUCGCAUUCUGGACAGCGCCCGUUCGCUUGCGACGUGUGCGGGAAAACGUUUGGCCACUCAGUCAGCUUAGAACAGCAUAAGAACAUCCAUACGAACGAAAGAUCGUUCGAGUGUAAACAAUGCAACAAAACUUUUAAGCGCUCAUCUACCCUCUCAACACACAUGUUGAUUCACUCAGACACAAGACCCUUUCCUUGCGACUACUGCGGGAAGAGAUUCCAUCAAAAGUCUGACAUGAAGAAACAUACAUACAUUCAUACAGGAGAAAAGCCUCAUAAGUGUCUGCAGUGUGGCAAGGCGUUCAGCCAGUCUUCAAAUCUUAUCACACACAGUCGCAAACACUCCGGUUUCAAACCGUUUGCUUGUCGCGUUUGUGAUCGAGCGUUCUACCGUAAAGUCGAUCUAAGACGUCAUGCUUACACCCAUGAAAUGGACCCAAUGACGAUGAAAGAUUCUUAGAAUAUUUCUCAGUGAUAUUUUCUACUUUGAUAAUUUGUUAAACUAAACAUGCCAAACCAAGGCGUGAUCUAAUGCUUUUUUUUUUUUUUUUCAAAUAAUGAUGUUGAAAUAAAAUCAAACGAGUAGAGUUUAUGAUAUGACCUAAAUUCUGGGACACUUGUCACAAUAAAUUUGUGGCAACUGAGAAAACAGAAGAGAUUUGUACGUAAAAAGCUGUAGAAGAGAUCAAAAUCAAUCGUUUGUUAAUUAUAAAAAGCUAAGCUCUUUCUAAAUAAAAUCGUAUUUCUUGUUUUUGAAAAGUUGUUAACCGUAUGCCAAAACGUCUGUACAUAUAAAAAAGAGAAACAACACAUGUUAAAUGCAUUGAUUAAGGAUAUAUAUACAUCAACCUUUUAAUAAAAUGUGUUUUAAAUUCU